GAAAAUUGCUGCUUAUGAUGAAGAAAUUCAACAUCUCUAUGAAGAAAUGGAACAGCAAAUCCAAAAAGAGAAAGAACAGUUUCUCAUGAAGGACACAGAAAGGUUUCAGUCCUACAGUAAAGAGCUGGAGUGCAAGCUCCUGUCAAAAGAACAAGAACUGGAACAAUUGGUGCAAAAACAGAAAAGGUUAGAGCAGCAAUGUACAGAACUUCUCAGUGGCAAAGAAGAAACCAAAGUAGAGAACACAAAGCUGAAGCUGACUAACCAGGAGCUGCUGAGAGACCUGGAGAGAACGUCUCACGAACUAAGCCUGGCUCAACAACAGUUACAGGUGCUUCAGGAGGAGGCCUCAAGACUACAUGAGGAGAAGGAAAUGGAGGUGUACCGAGUGACAGAAACCUUACAGAGAGAGAAGUCAGGACUUCUGAAGCAGCUGGAUUUUUUAAGGGAGAGGAACAAACAUCUCAAAGAUGAACGUGACAUAUUUUUACAGAAAUGCAAAACAAGUGUUCCAAAAGCCAGCUGGAAGCAAAGAUCAGGGUCUGUCAUUGGGAAAUACAUGGAGGGCAAGAUGCUGCCUAACAGCCAUUCAUUUGAAGAAGAUGAUGUUUUCAAUAACUCAAAGAGAAGGAAUUCUGCUGGACUGAAUGGAAUUCUCUCUGUAGACCCUGAUGCUGGAGCCACUGGAGGAACAUCUAAAGCAUCACAUCUCCAAAGAAUAAUAUCAAUUGAGGAAGAUCACCUACCCCAGCUUCUUGACAGGCUGGUUGAUAAGCAGCUGAACAGAUGGACUGGAGAAGAUGAGAAUACUUCUUCUGAGAUGGAAAUGGAUAAGAAAAACACAGAACAAUCAAUGGAACAGUCACCAUCAUCUUCUAGAGAGCAGCCUGUAGGGAAGGAAACACUGUCAAAUGAGGAGAGAAUAAACUCUGUCCCAGACCGCUUAUUCAAGAUUAUUUUUGUGGGCAAUUCGAGUGUUGGAAAGACUUCAUUCUUAAGGCGAUUUUGUGAAGAUCGUUUUUUCCCAGGCACAGCUGCUACUGUAGGUGUGGAUUACAAUGUGAAAACCAUCACAGUAGAUAAUACCCAGGUAGCCUUGCAACUCUGGGACACUGCUGGGCAGGAACGGUGA